GCGAGAAGUGCACAAUCGAUCAAAUUCCGGUCCACUGAGGACUUAAGCUCUUCCUGCUGUGUUGUAACCUAUUCAGUACUGGUGUUGCUAGGGGAAAUUUGUAGAAACUAAAAUGGCCAGUCCUCGCACUAGAAGGGUUUUAAAGGAGUUACGGCCACUAAACGAGAACAAUACGUGCUUCGAGUGUGGCGCAAAUAAUCCGCAGUGGGUAUCGGUGUCUUAUGGAAUAUGGAUAUGCCUAGAUUGUUCUGGACUGCAUCGUGGUCUUGGGGUUCAUCUCAGUUUCGUGCGUUCGGUAACAAUGGAUAAAUGGAAAGAUAUUGAGUUGGCGAAAAUGAAAGUUGGUGGAAACAAGAAAUUUCGGGAGUUUCUGGAAAGUCAGCCAGACUACCGCGAGAACUGGUCACUUCAUGACAAGUACAAUUCCCGAGCGGCUGCUUUAUUCAGGGACAAAGUUGCUACUGAAGCGGAGGGACGAGAGUGGUCUAUUGCAACAUCAUCAGCAAGAAAUUAUGUACCAUCUUCGUUGAAUGUUGGAGGAAGACUUGGGGGAGAUAUCUCCAGGGGUUCCUCGGCGGCUAGCUUAGGAUCAUAUUAUGGAGGUGGAAAUUCUACCGCAUAUUCGGACGGUGGUAGCGGAUACAACGCAAAUGGUGCUUCGCAGGGCGAUGACCGGUAUCGAGGUUUCGGAAAUACAGCUGAUACUCCUACUGGACAACAAGAUGAUCUCUUGAGCGGUGCAAUGUCUUCAUUAUCUGUGGGCUGGAAUAUGCUUUCCAAAGGAGCUUCACAAGCAGCAGCUAUUGCCAAAGACGUUACUAUACAAGCUUCGCAGAAAGCAAGUGAAUUAUCGAAUGCUCGAUUUCCUCAGGCACAGAAUAGUGGUCUGCUUUCUGGAGUGGCGAGCAAAGCAACAGAAAUUGGACAGAAAUCAUGGGGUGGCAUAUCUCAGUUUGUCAAAUCACCAUCUUUACAAGGCCUAGGAAGCUUAUUACCUAAAGCUGGUUACGAGGAGAUGUCGACACCCACAGAACAAUCUUCUUGUAAUUCGAUGAACACCAAAAGCUACGAUUCUGGUGGAAGUGACGUUUUUGGCGAACAACAUCACCGACCAGGCGAGGCCUUUUUCUCUCUCGCAGACUCAGGAAUCGAUGGCAAAAAGCACGUUGUUACACAGAAACCGGUGACUUCGAAAUCAGCAUCUCCUGCAAGCAGAUCGGUUGCCGAUGAAUCCGUACCGGCCACUGCAAGUAAAGAAGAUUCCACGAUAACGCAGUUUGAAGCGUCGUUCAGCAAGCAAAGUCAAACACGGAGCACACCUGCAGUCAAACCAAAGAAAGCUUCGCCGACGAAAGACUGGGAUGAUGAUGCAUGGGCCAUACUGAACAACUGACUUUCAACCGUUUUUGAUUCAGAAUUACUAACCCCUCUUUACUUAGCAUAACCUAUCUACAACUUUGGAUUGUCUCAUUUUGAUAGUGGUGAAUUGGGGCAGUCCUGAUACUGUGAUCGUGCGCCUUUCAUCUCUUUUAGGCUUUUUCAGGUCUUCGUAGAUCGGUAUGAGUCCACCAUCGCUGUGAACAUCAUCAAUCGUGUGCUAUCAUUCCUUGUGUGGUGAUUCGGUUUUGUGAGCUUAUAAGCAUAUCUCGUUUCUGAGCGGAUGCCACUGCUCAAGCAUGACCCAUUAGAUCUAUGUAACCUUUGAUUCAACUGGCUUUGCACCACUAGGGCGGGGUUUUGUGAUCUAAUUGAGGCCGCUCGCGCCCGUGACGCACCUGCGUCUCUCUCGCCCGAGGUUCUGAUCAUUACUUAGCCUUAAUUAGGUCACGAAGUCCCGCCUUUGUUGAUGCCAAGCCAUUUGAAUCAAAUGGUAUUAAAUCACAGCUUGCCAGAAGCUUCGCAUUACUGGUCAAACGUCGUUUCGGAAGGCUCUCAAUAAUGUGCCCUAGGAUUGCACUAGGUGUGUUCAGGCUGUGUAUAUAGAUG